CUUUCUUCCUCUCCUCCUUCCUUAAUUUUCAUUCUCAAUCUUCCAAUGGUUUAGGACGUUGUUCUGAUUCUACUUUCCAUUUGCCUCAAAUUUUCGUUUUUUUCUUUCUUUCCUUUGUUUUCAUUCUAGGUUUUUGGUUUCUGAAUUGGGUUUUAACGUUAGUUUUUCUUGUAAUUAAUAAAGGUUUUUUUUUUCUUUCCUAAAUCCUUGUAAAUUGAUCAGAUUUGUUUUUGUUGGUAGAAACUUAUUUGCAUAGAGAUCGAUACAGAAAUUCUCUUCAAUGGCACAACUCCCUCCUAAAAUCCCAAACAUGACACCACAUUGGCCUGAUUUCUCUUCCCAAAAGCUCUCUCCUUUCUCCACCGCAGCCGCACCCGCCGCUACAACCGCUUCAGCCGUUUCCGUACAAAACCCCUCAUGGGUCGACGAGUUCCUCGACUUCUCAGCGUCACGUCGCGGCAACCACCGUCGCUCAAUCAGCGACUCCAUCGCGUUCCUCGAAGCUCCUGCCGUCACAGGCCACGUCAGCAUCGAAAGCCACCACUUCGAUAGGUUCGACGACGAGCAAUUCAUGUCGAUGUUCACCGACGACGACGACGACUUGCGUAAUAAUCUGUCACAUAGCAACAACAACAACAACAACAAGAAUGUGGGGGCCACUGGCUCUUCAUCGAAUACAUCCACGCCGUCCGAUCAUAACAGCUUUAAAGACGACAACAAAGAACCACCGUCCGAUCAUAACGCGAAAGAUAACAACAACAGUAACGACGAAGUCCAGAGCCAAUGCAAGACGGAGCCAGAGGAUGGUACGGCGUCGAAUAAUAAUUCCGGCGAUAGCUCCGGCAACCGGAUUCUCGAUCCCAAAAGGGUUAAGAGAAUAUUAGCAAAUCGGCAAUCAGCACAGAGAUCAAGGGUGAGGAAACUGCAAUAUAUAUCAGAGCUCGAACGUAGCGUCACUUCAUUGCAGGCGGAAGUGUCAGUGCUAUCGCCAAGAGUUGCGUUCUUGGAUCACCAGCGUUUGCUUCUCAACGUCGACAACAGCUCUCUCAAGCAACGAAUCGCUGCUUUAGCCCAAGACAAGAUUUUCAAAGAUGCACAUCAAGAAGCCUUGAAGAAGGAAAUAGAGAGACUUCGACAAGUGUAUCAACAACAAAGCCUCAAGAAAGUAGAGAAUGUAAAUCAUUCACCGGCGACAGGAGUCGGAGCUACUUCGGCCGUCGACAUCAAGCCGUCUAUUGAAAAAGAGCAGCUCCUCAAUGUCUGAUAAGUCAUCACAAUCAACUACAUUCUCACUUUUCUUGGCAAAAUUUCUUGACUCUAAAAAUCUCUUUGGGUCAAGAAUUGUAGAUGGAGCAGGCCUUGUUUUUUUGAAAUUCUUAUCACAUUUUUUUUAAAGUUGUGAUGAAUCUAAUCUGAUGUAUCUUAUUUUUUCUCUAGUUUUUAUGUCGUUUUCUUUUCCUGGGGUUAAUGGAGGGGAAGUCAUUGUUGUUUGUACAAAGAUCUAGUUGAUUUCUUGUUUCUCUUUCUUUCU